AUGAGGUUCCAGAUGAAGGUGCUCCUCAUGAUUGUCUUGCUGGCAGUCGUGGCAUGGGCAGAAGACUUGUACGAGAUCCUCGGCGCCAGCUCUGGCGCGACGUCCCAGGACCUCAAGCGCAUUUACCGAAAGCUGUCGCUCAAGUACCAUCCCGACAAGGUCGCAUCCGAGGAGCGAGAUUCUGCCCAAGCCAAGUUCCUUAAGAUUGCCAAUGCCUACCGCGUGUUGUCGGAUCCGGCUCGCCGUGAAAAGUACGAUCUCUACGGCAUCGCCGACGACAAAGGCUUCAAGAACUUUGACGAAGCGUUCAAGCAUGCCCGCGAUAGCGUCGAAGACACUCCUUUGAACUGGAUCAUCUUGAUCAUCAUUGUCAGUGCGAGCGUCGGCCCGAUCCUCUACUUCAAGUUCAAGGCCAAGCCCAAAGCUGUCAACAACGCGCGCCGCGAGGCGCUGGCGGCCAAGAAGAAGUCACCCAAGGACAAUUAG